UGAUGCGGUAGCCUGGUGCAUUAACGGCCUACGUAUGAGCCAUCCAGGGUCAGGAACCUUCCAUCUUCCCGCAAUCGCUCCAGCAAUUCGGAGAAGCAGCAACAUCGAGCGCUGAAUCUUAGCAUUCAGACCUACGGAUCGAAGUUGCGAAUUCUCAUUCCUACCACCCCAGAGACUCUUUACCUACCCUACCUUGAUUUUAGUCUUCUGGGACCGCCUUUCACGCCGCAGGAGGGCAGCAGACGUUAAAACCUAACCAACUUCAAGUCUCCCCGCCCCCGCCCCAAGUCUCGCCGUUUCCUUCUCACACCAGUGCGCACUCGCCGAUCGAUCACCAAUCACAUCCAUCGCGAUAGUCCGAGACGGCCUUCCAUUGGUAUUGUCAUAGCCCGUCGCAAUAUCGAGUCCACUCCAGCGGCGCGACCAUGGCCGAUAACUCUGAGCCGGCCGCCGAGGCCCAGCUUACCUUCAAGGUGAAGAGCUCGAGCGACACGACGCACACCAUCACGAUGGCGGACACGGCUACCGUGCUGGACCUGAAGACGAAGCUUGCUGGGUCCGAUUUCGAGGAUGUCCCCGUCGAGAGACAGCGUCUGAUCUACUCUGGGCGCGUCAUGAAGAAUGACGAUGCGCUCAGUGUCUAUAAAAUCAAGAACCACAACACUAUCCACAUGGUCAAGAGCGCCGCCAGCAAUCCCACCCCGGCAAACACGGGCUCCUCGUCGGCCCCCACCCCGCAGGCCGUUCCCAUCAUGGCAGCCGGCACCUCGGCCAACAACCUUCUCGCCGGGCUCACGGGCGCUCGAUAUGCCGGCCAUGCCAGCCUACCUAGUCGAGACCUGUUUGGUGCAGACGGAGGGAUGGGCGCACCCCCGAGCGAGGAUCAGAUGGCCGACAUGCUAGCAAAUCCCGCCGUCGCCCAGACCAUGAACGAGGCGUUGAACAACCCUAUAUUCGUCGAUCACAUGAUACAAUCGAACCCUAUGCUGGCUAAUAUGCCCAACGCUCGCGAGAUGCUCCAGUCGCCCUAUUUCCGAAGCAUGAUGACAAACCCAGACGCUAUUCGCAUGGCGGCAAGAAUGCGGAGGAUGAUGUCCGGCGGAGAGGCUUCGGCCUUCCCGGCCCCGGGCGUGACAGACACAACCCCCGAUGCGGAAGGCACGGCCGCGAGCGGAGGCGAUAACAACAUCCCCGCCAUGCCCCAGAUGCCCUUCCUAUUUCCUGGCAUGUUUGGCGCCCCCGGUGCCCCCGGUGCCCCUGGCCCCGCCAGCAGCGGCGCAUCUAGGCCCGGAAAUCCCUUCGCUAACCUGUGGGGAGCCGCAGCUCCUCAGACCAGUGCUACUACUGGCGCGGCAGCCCCUGCGGCGUCAGAGAGUAGAGAUGCGCCAGCGCCGGCAGGCAACGCUGGUGCUUCCCAACAACUGCCUAACCCAUUCACAGCCCUGUUUGGCGCCGCCCCGGGCCGAGGCGGCAAUAGCUUCGGUGGUGGCAAUAAUGCGGCCAACCCGUUCGGUCUCCCGGCCAUUUCGCCAGAGGCCAUGCAGCAGGCAAUGCAAAUGUGGGGCAUGGGAGGUAUGGAGGGCUUGACGUCGCCGGCAGCCGCCGCACCACAGGACACUCGACCACCGGAGGAGCGCUACGCCGAGCAGUUGCGCCAGCUCAACGAUAUGGGAUUCUUUGAUUUUGAUAGGAACAUUGCGGCUCUCCGUCGUAGCGGCGGCAGUGUACAGGGCGCGAUUGAGCACUUGCUCGGCGGUUCAUAACGGGGGAGAGGAGGGGUGACAGGAGAGAGAUUGGGAGAGAGAGAUUGGGAGAGAGAGAUCUGGGGGGGGGAGAGCAGUGGAACAUGGGGAGACCUUGCGGAAUGACGUGACAUGGCAAGCAUUCUUUUUGUCCUCUUUUUUUAUUUUCUUGAGCAGACCGCCCCCUACUACCUACCUACCGCCUACAGAGCUAUGUAAAGUUAGCACAGAGAGAGGGAUAGAAAGGGGAGGGGUAGGAAGCAAGGAAAUUUAAAUGCCAGAAAAUAGGUCGCCAGUUGUUUUUUUUCUUUGGUCUGUUCGUUGAAAGCUUCUUUCGGUGCGGGAGGGGCAGGCAAUCAUGACAGCGCCAUUGCAAGGAAGGCGUUCUUAGUCGGCAGGAAAUUGACACAGCGCCAUUGCAGGGAGGGUGUUCUUAGUCGGCAGAAAAUUAACACUCGGCAAACCAUUUUUAUGCACAU